AUGACGCUGAGCAGUAAGCAGCUCCCCCGGCUCCUCCGCAGCAGCGAGCGCAGCCGGCUGCUGCCCGAGGCCUCCAGGCUGGUGGAGCUGCCCAUCUCCUCCUCUUCCUCCUCCUCUGACGAUGAUGAUGAUGAUGAAGGCUCAUUGGGCCAGCAGGUCCUGCCACAGCUGGGUGCCACGAGCCGCUGUGUGAAGUACCUGGCCUUCGCCUGGAACCUCCUCUUCCUCGUGCUGGGGCUGCUGGCGCUGGCGGCGGGGCUGUGGGGGCUGCUGGCGGGGGGCGAGCGCCGGGGGCCGGCGGGCGCCGAGCCGGCGCUGCUGGCGCUGGCGGGGCUGGGGGCCAGCGCCGUGUCGCUGGCCGGCUGCCUGGGCACCGUGUGCGCCAGUGCCCGCCUGCUGCGCUGCUUCGUGGGCGCCGCGCUGGCCCUCGCCGGGCUGGAGGUGCUGGGGGGGCUGCUGCUGUACGCGGCGCGGCGCCGCCUGCGCGACGCCCUGCGCGACGCCCUGCUCCUCUGCAUCCUGCGCUACCAGCAGCAGCCCGAGCUGCGCUUCCUCGUGGACGAGCUGCAGCGCAGCCUGCGCUGCUGCGGCCUCGGCUCCUUCCGCGACUGGGAGAGCAACCCGUACUUCAACUGCAGCGCCCCGGGAGCGCAGGCCUGCAGCGUCCCGGCCUCCUGCUGCCUGGACCCGCGGCAGAACGGCUCCGGCGCCGACGCGCAGUGCGCCUUGGGGGCCCUGCGCCUGGCGGACGCCGCGGCCGGGAGCGUCGUGCACCUGGGGGGCUGCGUGGCCCGGCUCGGCGCCUGGCUGCGCGGCCAGGCGGGCGCCAUCGCGGCCGGCGCCGCCGUGCUGCUGCUGCUGGAGGCGGCCGGCGUGCUCAUGGCGCUGAAGAUGCUCGGGGACAUCGCGCCCGGGGCAGCGCCGGAGUGA